CAGAUUUUAUCGAUGACUUUCAGAGGAAAUCGUUAAAUCCUACAAUUCUUCGAUAUUUUGUUAUAUUUAAUGCAUCGUUAAGUAUCAAAAACUACAAUAUCGUGAAUAUAAUUAUAUUUUUUAUUUCAUUGACUGAUUAAAAUCUUACAAAAAGGUGAAGCAUUGAUGGUCAGAUACUCAUGUUGACCAAGUAUUAGAUUCCAGUAUGGAAGUUUAUCUGUCACAGUUAAAAGCUAGUCUAGGUGAGAGAGAACAGACUGGUUAUAUACAUGCUGUGAUUGGAAAUGAGGCUUGUGAUCUAGAUUCAGCUGCAUCUGCUAUCAUUUAUGCCUAUUAUCUUCAUUCUAAAAAUGCGGACCAGAACACUGUCGUCAUACCUGUACUGAACAUUGCAGCGAGUCAGUUCCGAUUACGAACGGAAACCACAUAUUUCUUCAACAAGCUCAACAUACCGUCAGACUGUCUUUUAUUUAAGGAUAAUGUGGAGUUUGGUAGAUGGCAGUCCGAGGACCGAUUAAAACUGACGCUAGUAGAUCAUAACGUUCUGACAGGUACGGACGUACAGUACGAAGAUUGUGUGGUACAAGUUAUCGACCAUCAUGUGCUCGAGAGGAAGUCAGAUGACAGAGUCGAUGUGAAGCUUGAUUUUGUUGGAUCAUGCUGUACUCUUGUUGCAGAAGAGCUUCUGAAUGACCCAGAUUUUGAGUUAGAUGACACAGUAGCUCAGCUGCUUUAUGGUACAAUAUUGGUUGAUACUAUAAAUAGAUCACCAGAAGCAGGAAAGAUAACUCCGAGAGAUGAAGCUGUUCUCAGUCAGCUUCAGUGUAUUAUACCUAAUGUAAAGGGAGAUAAUUUGUUUGAAGAUAUCCAGGCUGCCAAGUUUGACAUAUCAGGAUUGUUAAACAUGGAGAUUCUCGAGAAGGAUCUUAAGAUGGUAAAUGGCACUGCCAUGACGAUAUCCAUGUGCUCCGUUACCAUGGAAAUGAUGGAGCUACUUAAUAGAGAGAAUUUUAAGAAGGACCUGGAUGAGUUCUGCGAGAAACAGAGCUGUGAUGUGAUCGUCAUCAUGACCUUGGUAAAUAAUGACGAGGGUAAACCAGAGAGACAGAUUGCCGUUUAUUCUAAAAAUAGAAUAUUUCGAGACCAGAUAUCUGACACCAUGGACAACUCUGAGGAUAUUGAUCUAGGGCUCGAACCUUUAUACCCACCAUUUGAGGACAUUUCAGUUUUUACACAGAACAAUGUACAGGCUUCAAGGAAAAAGGUGAUGCCAAUCCUGAAGUCAUUUCUUCAUGGUGACAUCACGCCUGAUGUUUCCAGCAAAGAUUUCGUAACACAGCAUUCUGUUGCCAUGGCAACGGAAGGAUUCAGUCAUCUAGAAGUGGGUGAGUCUGAAACUGUGCCUGAAGAGACUGAGACAGAAAAUCGUGUGAAAUUCACGAUUGAAUCCUUGGAAAGGAGUUCAACAGACGAAGAGUUAGUGCCAGUUGAAAGUUUCGGGGAAAGUUAUAAAAACUAUGAUUCUGUGGAUUUGGAUAGUUCUGGCAGUAUUGGGGUUAAAAACACUGUCCACGUGCAGCAGAUCCCCCAUGAUUUCGAUCUUUCAAUUAAAGGUGGUACCGCAGACAGUAACAAAACGUCACGAAAUACCCAGAAUCCUUUUGGAGAUUUACCGUCGUCUGAUUUCAAUUCAGCCUUGUUGUCAUCUGCUCAUUCUAGUAACAUUUUUGAUCUUGGAAUAUCUGAUAGUGAACUUGUUGACCCUUUUAGUUCAGUUGAAGAUUCUGCAAAUCCAGAUUCUGUAGUAAAUAGCCCAAAGACGAAUAUAUUAGGUAAAAGUAGUGAAAAUGAAGCAAAAUCAGUUGACAUUAGUGAAGAUUUGGAACCACAUGUUAAUGAAGUGGGUGAACUUGAAGGAAAUAGUGAAAACCAAAUUAUAUCUUGUGAUACUGGAAAUCCAAUUGUUAAAGAAGCUUCAGUGACUGAAGAUGAUGAAAUAUAUGCUCAAAAUGGAAAUCCGUUUUUAAGUGAUGAUUCUGAGAGGUCAGAACAGGUUGUGAAUUUUCAAUUGAGUGAGUAUGGUGAGGAUGGUAACGCAGCUGACGAUUUUUUCAAUACGAAUGACAAUAAUGCCAAUAAAUUUGGUGCUGUUAACUUUCUAGAUGUGAAUACACUAAGGAUUGAUCAUCCGCCAGCUCGGAAAUCAGCAAGUCUGAUUGUCGAGUGUGACGAUAAAUCGCAGGCUGAUGAUUUAGCUGAACUUGAAGAAUCGGAACUCUUUGAUAAAAUGAAUACACCGGGUCAUUCCGGUGAAAAUAGUCCAUUUGCAAUGUCUGGUUUAAACUCCCCUUUUAUCAAUUCUGGCACUGGCACCCCUUUUGAGUUACCAUCGAAUUACCAUUCCAGAACGACCUCAGAAUCCGGUUUCCCCGACAUUGCUCCGCCUCCAAAUAGUUUAAUGGAUAACGGUUUUAGUGAAGAUGAUACGGACAGACGGUUGCCGAGUUUUAAUAGUGCGGAAAUGGUAGACCGAAUUCAGCAGAAAAAAGCUUCUCUAGGAGGUGGUCAAGGUCUUUUCGAUCUGGAUGAGAAAGCCGAAGAGUCCAGUACUCCGUACACACCUCAGAAUAGUUACCGUGAAGAAGGAUUGUUCAUGCGAGAUAAUAGUCUUCCUAACCUUAUGGAUUCCGAUUUUGUUGAAAAAGUUCAACAGAAAAGAAAUUCUCUUUCAGCUAAUCUUCUAUCCUCAGACACUAAUGAGAAGACAGAAGUUAAAGUCUCCUCAACAAAUCCCUUCGGAGAUUUUACUGAUGCUACAAUAGUAUCAAAUGUGCCAUCUUCCAAUCCGUUCUUUCAAACCAACGAGCAAAGUUUAGAAUUUGAUCCAUUCAGACCCAUAGGCACAUCUGCUGAUGAAGGUAGUGAAGUUGUGCAAGGUGGUGCAUCUAAUCAGGAUUUUAUGGGAGAUUUAAGUGAAUUUAAACCAACUAGUGAAGUUACUGGUACAAAUGAAGACAUUUUGGAUAUAUUUGGUGAUUCAAGCACAAACAAAACGGAAACUCUUGUACAAAAUCAAACCAGUUUUCAAGAUUGGUUUGGUUUUUCAAGCUUUGAUGGACUGGCUGAGUCCAAACAGGACCAAACUUUGAAUCCUUUUCUGGCAGAGUUUGAAAACAAUGCAGAGACUGAACAAGAUUCUGAUGAUAAAAAUAUAGAUACAAGAACUAACAUGUCUAUAGAAACUAGUGAAUUUAUUGAGCAGCCAGUUGAAACAAACGAAAUUAACGACCAGUCUGUUGCAAGUGGAGAAAAUGGUGACCAAUUGGUUGAUACUAAUGAAAUUAUUGACCAGUCAACACUGAAAGCACUGAAUGACUCAGCCAAUUUAGAAGCAGCCGACACUGUCUCAGAAGCAUUAGCAAGGGAGAUAAUUCAUAACGCCAUAGAAACGUUUCCUGACUUGUCCAAUCCUUUACUUGCGACAGAAAUGAUGCAAAGAAAUGAUGCUGAUUGGACAGAACAAGGUUCUGGGGAUUCUGGGAUAGGCUCUACCGGAUCUCCACAGCAAGGACCAAAAGGUGGAGCCAGGAAGUUGAACCAUGAUUAUUCUGUAGAGACGGAGUAUUUACCAAGUAUGGAUCCCCUUCAUGGCAGCCUUAAUAUAACCUCAACAUCUGACACACGCAGUAUAGAAACAGACGCUGACAAAGAGGUGAGAAUCCGGAUUUUUGUUUUCCCAUUUAACUUACUAUGAAUGAUACCUGUAAAAUUCAGUUUCCUUACCACUG